AUGGACACGGACACUGAUGCUGCUGCUACUGCUGCCCCGGCCCUGUCGCCAUCAGCAGCCACACCGACCGGCAGCAGCGGCGGCGGCGGUGCUGGCGGCGCCGGCAGCGGUAGUGGGAGUGGUGGUGGCAGUGGUAGCGGCAUCAAACUCGCAGAACCCCGGCGGCGCAAUCGCCCGGCGCUGUCGUGCAUACAGUGCAGGACACGCAAAAUCCGAUGCGAUCGCAAUGAACCCUGCGCAAGCUGUAUGAAGUCCAAGAUCGUCAAUUGCACCUAUGAGGAGGCACGUCGCCCGAAACCACGCCUGUGGAGGCUGUCGCCUGCUCCAACUGCCGCCCAUCCCGAAUACUCUCCCAAUGGCCCCGACGAGCGCAUGGCUGUAAACACCAGUUUUACUGUGAGGGAAGCCCCUGGGCCUCUUCCGCCUCCAACGUCGAAUCCUUCCUCUACAGGUCAGCCCGCGGGGCUACAGCGACGCUCACCAGACCCAUCGUCGGCUCCAAGCCCUCUAGGACAGCUUCACGGCCUCGGUCUAGCUCCAAAUAGCGCCUCGAUCUCUGGCAGCACAGCUGCUCUUGCCGAGAGAGUUCGGCAGCUGGAACAACAGCUUGCCGAUGCUCUUGGACGCCCAGAUCACGGCUUACCAUCUGUGAGGUCGUUGCAUCAUACUACAGGACCGCUCGACGAUGGACCCUUUUGUAAGCCGCAGGCGGCCAACUUUUUGGGUAAUGGAGAUAAAUUCUUUCCUCUACUCGUUAGUGUGGCAGAUCGGAUCGAGUCGGACAAAUCUUGCGACGCCUAUUUCUUUCUACAAAAGUGCAGAGAGCUGAGCAGCGCAAUUGCAUCCACACGAGUUCCUUCGAAAACUCCUCUUCAGCUCGGUCACUCCAUCCCAGCACAGGCAACUGCCCGGCCUUUGGUUGAAGCCUACUUCAGAACCUUCGAAAGUGUCUACAGGAUCCUCCAUGCCCCAACAUUCUGGCAAGAGUACCGGGAAUACUGGCAAAACCCUCCAGCAGCCAGUCCCAGCUUUGUUGUCCAGUUGCAGCUGUGCAUGGCCAUCGGGACCUGUUUUCAGGACGAUGUCAUCCGUCUUCGGCACUUGGCAUCUCAGUGGAUUUACGAGGCAAAGUUCUGGCUAGCGACUUCUUCAGAUAAAUCCAAGGUCAGCAUCACUACGCUUCAAACUAUGUGUCUCCUUCACCUAGCCAAGGAAACUUGUGGGAUAGGGGGCAAUCUGUCCUGGGUAAGCGCUGGUUCCUUGCUCCAAACUGCGAUGUUCCUCGGCCUCCAUCGUGACCCAGACAACCUUCCAAGGAUGUCUCCACUCAAAGCCGAGUUGAGAAGACGACUUUGGGCCACUGUUUUGGAGAUUGUUUUGCAAUCCAGCUUAGAUACCGGUGCUCCUCCGCUGUUGACAUUAUCCGAUUUCGAUACCCGUUCACCGUCUAACUACGAUGACGAACAACUCCUUGACUACGACGAGCCCCCGCCCUCACCGAAACCCCCGAACGUGUUCACCCACAGUACAGUUCAGGUCGCCCUCCUCCGAUCCUUUCCUGUUCGGUUGUCGAUCGCGCAAUAUGUGAACCAUUUCAACUCGUCUGCUACAUAUCAAACGACAUUGAAAUGGAACACAGAAUUGACCAAUGCAUGUCGAGCCCUCCAGGCUACCUUCCAGCCCUUCUACGAUCCAGCGGGCAUUCUCCCCAAACGACUAUCAUUAUUCCAACUUCGCCUGGCUGAGCAUAUGGUGCACCGCUUCUUCCUGGCUCUUAAUCACCCCUGGUUAUGGUCGGCGCACAACGAUUCCGCAUACUACUUCUCCCGUAAAAUGUGCGUCGAGACGUCCCUCAAACUCUACCGUGCAAUCGCCACAGGGUCUCCUGCGGGAGACUCAGGAACCGCCAGUCCUACAGAUGACUUUACGCGAUUAGCAACGUGUGGCUACGGACCUUUCCGGUCUGCCCCUACAUUGGCUGUUUUAACGCUCUGUCUCGAACUCUUGUGGCAGGUGCAGGAGGAUCGUCCCUUCCGGCAGAGUCUGGGUAUUGACCACCAACAACCUGAACGACUUGGUGCUGGCAACGAGUCAGAUGUCAACUCAUCUGUGGGUAUCGGCAUCGGUAGCGGGGCUGCCCCUCGUCACGACUUGCUCGAGGCUGUCAAGUAUUCCAUUGGCUGGACACAACGACGGAUUCGGAAUGGAGAGACGAACAUUAAGGCCCAUCUCCUGUACACUGCGCUGCUGGUUCAAAUACAGGCAUUGCAACGGGGGGUCUCGGAUGUCGAAGUCGAACGUCAAGUCUUCGGCGCCGUCAGCGAAGAGUUGAACCGGUGUUGGCACCUCUUGAAGGAUGUAGCUGCCAGUAUCGGGGUCAUACCUCCUUCGAAUGGUGCGCCGUCAUUGCUGGAUGGACCGAACUCAGGUGGAUGGUCUGCUUUGGGGACUGGAUGGUUUGCAUCAUCGAAGUCGGGCGCCGUUCGUGGGUUCCAUUCGAUCUUCGACAUACAUGAUGCCGACUUCUUUAUUGGCACCUAA